UGCCGUCAAAAGACCUCCAAGCUGGAGAACCGAAAAACUCUGUGCUAGGGUUUUGCGAAAGUUCCGAUCUAGUUAAGCGAUUAGGUUGUGUGGAAAUUUUUUUUUGUUAAUUGAAAGAUGGCUCGGGCCUUGAAGUACACUUUUAGCGAUUAUGCGAGGAGCGCAGUGAGUAGGGAGGCCUUGCUCGAACCGACUAAGCCCCAGAGAGAGAUGGAGAAAAAUGGCAAGAGUCAGAGGAAGAAAGAGAGAAGGGAGAUAAAGGGACAAGGGCGUAAAGAGAAGGAUACUCUUCACAAUGUCAAAAGCCUUGAUGAUAAAAAGUGUUUCCAGCAAAAGAAGGGUAAAAAAGGGGAAGCAAAGGGAUGGUGUCCUCAAAAAAUUGAACAUGAAGCUGAUCAACUGGAGAGAAGUGACAUUACAAACGAACAUGGGCUGCCAACCUGUAUUGAGAGCAAUUCCUACUUGUCUGAUGGAACCCAAAGCAGCAAGAAAAGCAAGCCUUUGAUCAUUCGCAUUAAAUUGCUUAAGCACAGCGAACGAGACGCCUCACUUGUGUGCUCUCCUUCUGGAAGGGUAGAUUUGCUUCCUCCAGAGAGAACGGAAGUUGUUCUUUUACCCAGUCAACCCAGUGCAGAGACAAAUGUAGAACUCAGGCAGGUCUCUUCAAAACCUGACCAAGAUUUACCCUGUUCAACAUCAGAGGGGAUCGAAACAAUUGGUCAGAAGAGAAGUGCGAGUGCUGCAUUUGAAGAUCAGAUUCAGAGUGAAGAUUCACUCCAUGCAACUCUGAUUGAGAAUUGGAUCCCUCCCCCGAUUCAAUUUGCCGAUGUUGGUGAUGGUGAUGAAGAAUGGCUCUUUGGGACGAAGCAUCAAAACAGAUGUGGGUCCAAAAGAUUUAAAGCUGCUAACAAUGAGGUCUCCAGUUGUACAAGGAGCGCGCCGUGGCCACAAGCACAGUGGUUGUUGGAGGCUGGUGUAUAUGCAUUACCCUUCACGGUUCCAUUCUAGUUUCUCGUCCAUUUCAAAUGCGUGCCUUGAGAAUUGCAUAUGCUGCUCAACAGAUGGCCAGCGUAACUCGGGGUAGCAGUGCCCCAGUCACGCUCUUUGUUGAGAUACUGAACAAGUCAGUUGUUUUUUACUGGGCCUGAUUGAAGUCUUUCAUUCUAUGUUGCUACCGUGUUGUAUAAACUAAGGUUGAUUCAUGAUUUUUGCAUCAGGUACCUCUACUUGUCUGAGAAAGGAAACCCCCGGAUUACAAGUGCUGCAAUCCUUGGAUUGGUGGAUUAAAACUCAGAUGCAAAGCGACUCUACAAAUGUGAGUCCAGCCCCAGAUGCAUUUUUCAGCAGCACAUUGCAGUACAUACAGUUCCAGAAACAGAAAGGUGGGGUAAUGGACGAGAAAUAUGCCCCUAUCAAGGUCUGACUUUGGGUUAAAGAGAUUGUCAUAUUUGAGGACAUUAAAGUUUGGGGUUGAGAGGAAGAACGAUGAGGAGAGCCGACGUGUGAGCAUAGUCUAUGAAAAAUGCCCCUGAA